AUGUCAACCGAAUCAAAACUCUGGCAGCCCCUCAAGCUAGGCAACACCACCCUCUCCCAUCGCAUCGCCCUCGCCCCUCUAACCCGCUUCCGCAACUCCGACGACCAUCUCCCCCUCUCCCUCAUGAUAAAAUACUACGCCGACCGCGCCUCAACCCCCGGAACCCUCGUCAUCAGCGAAGCAACCGGCGUUUCCAAAACAGGCGAAGCAGUCCCCAACCUACCAGGCAUAACCUCCCCGGAGCAAAUUGAGGGCUGGAGAAAGAUAUACGAUGCUGUUCAUGCUAAGGGGAGUUAUAUGUUUCAGCAGCUUUGGGAUCUGGGAAGGGCGGGCGAUCCGGAUUAUUUGAAGAAGAGAGGGUACAAGUACUCGUCGAGCAGUGCGGUUCAGAUGGAGGGGAAGAAUGUGACGCCUGAGGCGUUGACGGAGGAGGAGAUUUGGAAGAAGAUUGGGGAGUUUAGACAGGCUGCUAGGAAUGUGGUUGAUGCUGGGGGUGAUGGUGUUGAGAUUCACGGUGCUCAUGGAUAUUUGAUCGACCAAUUCAUCAGCGAAAGUAUCAACAAGAGAACCGACAAGUGGGGAGGUUCCGUUGAGAACCGCGCACGCUUCCUCCUCGAAGUCAUCAAAGCCACUGUCGAAGAAAUCGGCGCUGAGCGAACCGCCCUCCGCCUAAGUCCCUUUGCAACAUACCAGGCCGCAUAUACCGCCAAUACUUGGGACCAAUUCGGCUACAUCUUCAAUGAACUCAAAAAGGCUGGAUACAAGCUCGCUUACGUCUCGCUCGUCGAGCCCAGAGGUAACCCCGCUACGAUCCUCGCAACACCAAAGGAUCUUGCUUCAGAUAAGGUCAGUCCCUUUGGGGACCGGAAGCAAAGCCUUGAGUACUUUCUUGAGAUGUGGGAUAAUCAGUCCCCUGUUAUUGUUGGAGGUGGAUAUAUCCCGGAUAAUGUUCAUGAUGCGGUUGAUGGGAGUUACAAGAAGUGGGAUGUUGUUGUGGCUUUUGGACGAUGGUUCAUCUCGAACCCGGACUUGGUCUACCGACUGAAGUAUGGGGUUCCUUUGACGCCUUAUCAAAGGGAUACCUUCUAUGCUCCCAAGACUGACAAGGGAUACAAUGACUAUACGUUUAGUCAGAAAUAUUUGGAGGCUACGAAAGCGUAG